AUGUCUGAUUUUGCCGAAUUUGUACCCCCUCCUGAGUGCCCAGUUUUUGAGCCGAGUUGGGAAGAUUUUUCUGAUCCACUAGGAUUUAUAAACAAGAUUCGACCUAUUGCAGAGAGAACUGGCAUCUGCAAAAUUCGACCGCCCGAGGUAACCUCACUGUCUCAGCUUCUGGAAUAUAACACAGCUUCCAUUUUAAGAUUUACGGCUGCAUUGGUUUAUGCCCUUGUUGUCAUCUAUUUAUGGUAUUUUCGGCCUAGCCCGACGCAAAUUUUUAGUUGGGCAACGAUAUUUUACUCGUUGAAUUGUUCACUUGUGGAGGUCAAAUAUUAGUCACAUUUCUUGUUUUGUUUCGCAUUUGAUUUUAACAAUGAUUUUGGAUGUUUAUAUUUUGCCAAAUAGUUAAAGUAAAGUCGUCAUUUUAAAACAGCGGCCUCUAUUCAGGACUCCCGUCUGUGACUCUUUGUUUUCUUUUUUUGGUGUUUCCUGGACAGAUCGCAACUGUUACAUUCGGGAUAUCAAGUAAACGUUACACGAAUUAGAUGAGGUCUAGAUACAUUUUUUAACUAUUAAUAAUUUGAUAUAUCAACUCCUAGGUGCUUUUCAUUUGAUGUCCUAGAUGUCCAAGUCUUUGCUACAUCAUGACUACAAUAUUAACAAGAUGCAUGUAUUUAGCUGUAAAGAGUAAUAUAUAUUUUGUAUGGUUUGGGAUAGGCCUACAGUAGCAGGAAGUGAACUUAACGCGCUAUGUUUCAUGUUUUUCAUAUUUGGCCCUGUGCAAAUCAAAUGUAUGUCUAUUAUUGGCCAUUUUGUAUUUUUCAAUUUUUUUCCUAUUUCCCACACGGAACCUUUUGAGUGAUUAGGCUAAAAGCCAUUUGCUGCACUUAAACUUGCUUCUGGGAUGUUUUCUUAGAUUUUUUAAACUUUUUUUUUUUUAGUCAUUUAGCAGAGGCUCUUAUCCAGAGCGACUUACAGUUAGUGAGUGCAUACAUUUUUCUUACUGGCCCCCCGUGGGAAACGAACCCACAACCUUAGCGUUGCAAGCGCCAUGCUCUACCAAGUGAGCUACAGAGGACUUUGAUGCACUGUGCUCCAAUAUAAUUUUUCUUUUGGGGAUAAGUCUGUGCCCAUUUUGAAGCAAUUGGACUACAGCGACUUAAAUUAUUUGUGUCAUAUCCAGUAUUCUGGUAUUGUCAGAUGGAUUUAAACAUUUUAUAUAUAUAUUAUAUAUAUUUUACAUCCAAUUUACAGGGCUGAUUCUUUCCCAAUCUGUAUGAACACAUCUGUAUGAACACAUCCCUAUAUUCUUUAUGUGAAAAGGGGAUUUGAAUACUGUUAUGUAAUGUUUAUGUUGUCAAUUUGUAAGUCGCUCUGGAUAAGAGCGUCUGCUAAAUGAUGUAAAUGUAAGUAUUUUCAUGUCUUUUGUUGUUGCCUUUACUUCCUCAUUACUUCAUCGUAUAAAAACUGAACCAAAGUUGAUCAUCUGGUUUCCAUUUUUCUCUUCUCUAUCUUUUAGGACUGGACACCUCCUUUUGCCUGCGACAUACGCAACUUCCGCUUCACUCCCAGAGUCCAGAGACUCAAUGAAUUGGAGGUAAGUAUACUGUACCUAGUUACAACACUGUGAAGGCUAUGUUGGAAAUACAAUUAGGUUGCCUGUAUGUAGUCAUUAUAAGGUAUAGGCCUAAUUAGAGGUAUUGCCUAAGUAAAUUGUCAAAUAGGCUAGUUAUUCAGCUGAGUUUGUUGUCAGUCAUUCACUGAUGUAUGUUAUUUAACCAUAUGUUAUUAUGUCUUUUAAUAAAGACCUGGUAGUCUAUGAAUAAACAUGUUUUUUUGUGAGGAGGUAGCCUAAACGUUGGUGUGGCUGGACAGUGCAGACCUUAUGUGCAUUGACUGCAGCUGUCGUCACAUUUUGGGGGCAGCACUCUUGAAUACAAUGACUGAGUUAACAGACCAUUGGCCUGAAUGGGUGGUAGGCCUACUUUAGGAAGGGUUUUCAGGGUCAGAAAAGUUGUAGCCUAGCCUACCUUAAGAGUUGAAAGGAUAUCAGUCACUGGCAUGUGUAGGCUAUGUCUUUACUUGGAUUUCUCCUAGGAUACAGCACCCAAAGACACCUCUUUAUACUCCUGUUUAGAGUUGAGCAUGCCAGAUUUUUCACUUGAAUUUGUGUACUCUUUCCUCACCUCUCCUAUUGCUUUCAGGCCCUCACUCGAGUCAAGCUCAACUUCCUGGAUCAGAUUGCCAAGUUCUGGGAGCUGCAGGGGUCCAGGCUCCGCUUCCCUCAUGUGGAGAGGAAGAUCCUCGAUCUUUACCAACUCAGCAAGGUAAGACCGGAGUCAGACCAUUCACCUGAACAGUAUACUGUGUUUAGAAACAUGCAGGGUGGUGUGUUUGUGUAAGUAUAUUAUGAUUUAUUUAAAACUGAGGAGUAAGUAGUGUUUAUUUUGGAUUUUGUUUUAGGACAACAAAGAGGUGCUAAGUGCUGGUGUACAUCUCCUUAAUAUUCUGAAAAUAUGCUUUUUGUGUAUGAGUCAACCACAACCAUCUUACUAAAAAACAUUGUAUUUCAGAUUGUCUCCUCCGAGGGAGGCUUUGAGACAGUGUGUAAGGAGAAGAGAUGGUCCAAGGUGGCCAGCAGGAUGAGUUUCCCCCCAGGGAAAGGUACGGGCUCUCUGCUGCGGUCCCACUUUGAGAGGAUCCUCUACCCCUAUGAGCUCUUCCAGUCUGGAGCCACGCUCACUGUAAGUGCUAUUGGUUCGACACAUGCACACAAGAACAUAUACAGUGGGGAAAAAAAGUAUUUAGUCAGCCACCAAUUGUGCAAGUUCUCCCACUUAAAAAGAAGAGAGAGGCCUGUAAUUUUCAUCAUAGGUACACGUCAACUAUGACAGACAAAUUGAGGAAAAAAAAUCCAGAAAAUCCCAUUGUAGGAUUUUUAAUGAAUUUAUUUGCAAAUUAUGGUGGAAAAUAAGUAUUUGGUCACCUACAAAUAAGCAAGAUUUCUGGCUCUCACAGACCUGUAACUUCUUCUUUAAGAGGCUCCUCUGUCCUCCACUCGUUACCUGUAUUAAUGGUACCUGUUUGAACUUGUUAUCAGUAUAAAAGACACCUGUCCACAACCUCAAACAGUCACACUCCAAACUCCACUAUGGCCAAGACCAAAGAGCUGUCAAAGGACACCAAAAACAAAAUUGUAGACCUGCACCAGGCUGGGAAGACUGAAUCUGCAAUAGGUAAGCAGCUUGGUUUGAAGAAAUCAACUGUGGGAGCAAUUAUUAGGAAAUGGAAGACAUACAAGACCACUGAUAAUCUCCCUCGAUCUGGGGCUCCACGCAAGAUCUCACCCCGUGGGGUCAAAAUGAUCACAAGAACGGUGAGCAAAAAUCCCAGAACCACACGGGGGGACCUAGUGAAUGACCUGCAGAGAGCUGGGACCAAAGUAACAAAGCCUACCAUCAGUAACACACUACGCCCCCAGGGACUCAAAUCCUGCAGUGCGAGACGUGUCCCCCUGCUUAAGCCAGUACAUGUCCAGGCCCGUCUGAAGUGCAUUUGGAUGAUCCAGAAGAGGAUUGGGAGAAUGUCAUAUGGUCAGAUGAAACCAAAAUAUAACUUUUUGGUAAAAACUCAACUCGUCAUGUUUGGAGGACAAAGAAUGCUGAGUUGCAUCCAAAGAACACCAUACCUACUGUGAAGCAUGGGGUUGGAAACAUCAUGCUUUGGGGCUGUUUUUCUGCAAAGGGACCAGGACGACUGAUCCGUGUAAAGGAAAGAAUGAAUGGGGCCAUGUAUCGUGAGAUUUUGAGUGAAACCCUCCUUCCAUCAGCAAGGGCAUUGAAGAUGAAACGUGGCUGGGUCUUUCAGCAUGACAAUGAUCCCAAACACACCGCCCGGGCAACGAAGGAGUGGCUUCGUAAGAAGCAUUUCAAGGUCCUGGAGUGGCCUAGCCAGUCUCCAGAUCUCAACCCCUUAGAAAAUCUUUGGAGGGAGUUGAAAGUCUGUGUUGCCCAGCGACAGCCCCAAAACAUCACUGCUCUAGAGGAGAUCUGCAUGGAGGAAUGGGCCAAAAUACCAGCAACAGUGUGUGAAAACCUUGUGAAGACUUACAGAAAACGUUUGACCUGUGUCAUUGCCAACAAAGGGUAUAUAACAAAGUAUUGAGAAACUUUUGUUAUUGACCAAAUACUUAUUUUCCACCAUCAUAUGCCAAUAAAUUCAUAAAAAAUCCUACAAUGUGAUUUUCUGGAUUUUAUUUUCUCAUUUUGUCUGUCAUAAUUGACGUGUACCUAUGAUGAAAAUUACAGGCCUCUCUCAUCUUUUUAAGUGGGAGAACUUGCACAAUUGGUGGCUGACUAAAUACUUUUUUUCCCCACUGUAGGUGUCUGUGGAGUGUGAGAAAUGUUUUUGUGAUGUCAAUAGAGGUAGUGAAUUGCAUCAGCCCUCUUUCGGCAAGUGUUAGUUGUGGAUCAUCAUAGGUUUGUGCUGUGUAUUCACACUUUUACAUUCUUACAACAUAUGUCAAUACCCUGUCAUGUGGUUCUUUCCUUUUGUGCUUUGCCAUGCUACAGUCACAUUUGUAACAGUGUUCUGUACAGAGGAGGCUGGUGGGAAGAUUUAUAAGAGGACGGGCUCAUUGUAAUGUCUGGAAUAGAAUCAAUCCAGCCAUUACAAUGAGCCUGUCCUCCUAUAGCUCCUCCCACCAGCCUCUUCUGGUUUUGUAUCACAACAUGUAAGGGAUAAUCAACGAGGGGCUAUGCCUUCAAUGGAAAAUAAUGAACAACGUGGAAGGUGUGUUUCACAACGUGCUAGUGGAAUGGAACUACCCUUCCACGGUGUUGCAUUAUUUUCCAGAGAACGCAUAGAGCCUCGAGUUGAUUAUCCCUUUUAUUCCAUGGCUAUAUUUUUAAUACACUUGCUGCUAGGAAUGUGUUCAACAUCCACUGGAGUAGCUAGCAAGUUUACUAGAUAGCUACAGUAGUUGCCUUGGUAACCAAACAUACUUGCUAGUUUAGCUAACCAAACCAUCAGUCCUAGCUUGCUAUUAUGAAAAUCUAAUUCAACAAUGCCAAUAAUGUUUUUAAUUAGAAUUUUGCUUUCAAAUGCAGCUCAAACAUAGAACAUGUAAGAAUGAACUAUAGCCAUUGAAUUCUACUGUGCAGAUAUACUGUGCGUUAUAGGGAAAUAUUGCACGCUCUAGAAUGCCCUUCAAGCCAAUCAGAAACUAGUAUUCAACAAUGCCAUGGUAUAAAUGUUACUACUCCCUGCUCUAUUCAACCACUCCCCAAGAAUCUAGCUACCAACACCUUACACCUGCUACAGUAACACCCCCAGUAACACCACCUUGUUGUGAAGUGGGUAUGUAGGCGUUCUCCUGCCUAUGUUGCUGACUUUGAACUCUGCUCCCUACCCUCUCUUCCCCUCAGGGUAUCCACCGCCUGUAUGACGGAGAGGAGCAGGACGAGGGCAUGGGGGAAGGAGGAGGGGAAGAGGAGGAGGAGGAUGAAGAGGACAGAGAGAGGGACAGCCUGAGUGACGGGACUCCGAACAAGGACUGCCCGCUCCCUGAGCGACGUUCCCGCCGCCUGAAGUCCGAGGUCGGUGAUGAGGUGAUCACCGGAGACUGUUUUAAUAUUUUAUUUGAUCGCUUUCAUUUUGAUUUUCACAUGGUGAUUUACUAAAUGAUCUGCAUUUUUACUCUUAUGUUUUUUGCCUAACUUGUUUGGGGACUUAAUGCACUGGAAAUGCAAUUGAUGGAUGGAGAUACAUUCUCAUUAGCAAGAGGGCAUUUGCAGCCUAUGUGCUGGCUCUGGAUGCAUUAGCUACAUUCUCAAUAGCCAGAGAGCCUUGCGUGUGCUGUGUCUGCCCAAAGUGCCCAUAACAGCAGCAGAUCUCUAUCUUGGCAAAUCUGCUUGUCACCCUGUGUCAUGGGGUCACAUGGUUACUGUAAUAGCAUUAUCUUUUCCUCUUGUGUAAUUCAGCACAGCCUAUUUCUUAUCACAAGAUCUGUAGGACGUUAGGUUGGGGAUUGUAGUUUUUAUAUGCUGCUAACUGAGAUACUGUACCCAAUACUGAUCUAAUGUAUGGAUAUGCCUAGAGGUCAGGGUUUCCGUUAGGAAAAUGUGACAUUUGACCAGCAGCAUUUUAAUUCGACGGACAUUUAAGAAAUUUACCGGACCCAUAUGCAUUGGGUGCGUAACCUGAUUAGGGCAUUCACCCACGGUGCUCAGAAUGACAGAAAUCACAUUUGGAUUAUGGUACUUCAUAUUAACAGAACAUGAAAGUCGAGGAUGCAACGAUGUGCUUACCGAAUUCUGAUUUGCACUUUGAAGAUGUUAGAAUAACUGUCCACAUUUACUUUUCCUCAGCCAACAAGACGAGUAACGAAGAGCAAAAUUACUAGCCUAUGUCAAUCUGCUAUCCCCCAUAGUAGAAAAGUUUAACUAUUCUGUUCAGCUUGUCGAGAAAGAAAUAGCCUAUUCCAAACUGAUUCUGGGACAGUUGUGGGACGAUAGGCUACAUUUAAAAAAAACACUUAAAAAAAAAACUGUUAGUCUGAUGCAUCAGGUCUGAAAAUGUAGCUUAAAAUGUUGAUAAACUAUUAUUUCUUCACAUUAUAAGCGCACAAGGCAGUAGGCCACGUGCAAAUGUUAGUUCCAUAGUGCAAUUGGCAGGAAAACACAGCUGUCAAAGAUUUGAAAUUUAGAAAGAGGGGAGAUCUAAUAUGCAACAACUAGCUUGGGAUGCUAAUAUGACUACGAUUGUGCCUUUGGCUACUGGACAAUGAAAGAAAGUUGAUAUAAAAUAAUUGCCUUCAUGGAUAGGGUCUGAUUUUGGCUAGGCUACUUUGAAGCAAGGUAAGACAUGCCUCAUAAUAUGUAAUAAAACGUUGAGGUUUCAAAUUAAGUAUAUGUUUUCAAAAUGAAUACUGCCUCCAGCUCAUUGGAAAGUGGUGUGUGACACGCUGAUGAGACCUGCCUUCUGUUGCCUAUGCAUUUGCUGUUUGAGAUGCUGUAGCAGCAGCUCUUGGGCUGUUUUGACAGAUUUUCCGCUCAAAGGCUCCAUCUGUACGCGUGUGAUGAAUAAGAUGUAUAACGAAUAUACUGUACAUGUGCCAAUUUAAUUCCACAACAGUAUGCAAAUUAACCUAUAGACCGUUAAGCAUUAUUUCGCAAAUUGCAUUUUUUCUUAUUCUCCCGGAAAAUUAGCCGGCGGCAAUUUUAUUUAUCGGCUUUAAAAAAAAAAUAAGAAAGAAGAAGCCAGCUAUUGCAUUUACAUCAUUUAGCAGACGCUCUUAUCCAGAGCGACUUACAAAUUGGUGCAUUCAACUUAUGAUAGCCAGUGGGACAACCACUUUUUUUAAAUAUUUUUUUUUAUGGGGGGGGGGGGGGGGGUAGAAGGAUUACUUUAUACUAUUCCAGGUAUUCCUUAGAGGUAGGGUUUAAAGUGUCUCCAGAAGGUGGUCAGUGACUCCGCUGUCCUGGCGUCGUGGGGGAGCUUGUACCACCAUUAGGGUGCCAGAGCAGCGAAUAGCUUUGACUGGGCUGAGCGGGAACUGUGCUUCCGUAGAGGUAGGGGAGCUAGCAGGCCAGAGGUGGAUGAACGUAGUGCCCUCGUUUGGGUGUAGGGUCUGAUCAGAGCCUGAAGGUAAGGAGGUGCCGUUCCCCUCACAGCUCCGUAGGCAGCACCAUGGUCUUGUAGUAGAUGCGAGCCUCAACUGGAAGCCAGUGGAGUGUGCGGAGGAGCGGGGUGACGUGAGAGAACUUGGGAAGGUUGAACACCAGACGGGCUGCAGCGUUCUGGAUAAGUUGUAGGGGUUUAAUGGCACAGGCAGGGAGCCCAGCCAACAGCGAGUUGCAGUAAUCAAGACGGGAGAUGACAAGUGCCUGGAUUAGGACCUGUGCCGCUUUCUGUGUAAGGUAGGGUCGUACUCUGCGAAUGUUGUAGAGCAUGAACCUGCAGGAUCGGGUCACCGCUUUGAUGUUAGAGGAGAACGACAGGGUGUUGUUCAGGGUCACGCCAAGGUUCUUUGCACUCUGGGAGGAGGACACAACGGAGUUGUCAACCGUGAUGGCGAGAUCAUGGAGUGGGCAGUCCUUCCCCGGGAGGAAGAGCAGCUCCGUCUUGCAGAGGUUCAACUUGAGGUGGUGAUCCGACAUCCACACUGAUAUGUCUGCCAGACAUGCCAGAGAUGCGAUUCGCCACCUGGUUAUCAGAAGGGGGAAAGGAGAAAAUUAAUUGUGUCGUCUGCGUAGCAAUGAUAGGAGAGACCAUGUGAGGAUAUGACAGAGCCAAGUGACUUGGUGUAUAGAGAGAAUAGGAGAGGGCCUAGAACUGAGCCCUGGGGGACACCAGUGGUGAGAGCACGUGGUGCAGAGACAGAUUCUCGUCACGCCACCUGGUAGGAGCGACCUGUCAGGUAGGACGCAAUCCAAGAGUGAGCAGCGCCGGAGAUGCCCAACUCGGAGAGGGUGGAGAGGAGGAUCUGAUGGUUCACAGUAUCAAAGGCAGCGGAUAGGUCUAGAAGGAUAAGAGCAGAGGGGAGAGAGUUAGCUUUAGCAGUGCGGAGAGCCUCUGUGACACAGAGAAGAGCAGUCUCAGUUGAAUGACCAGUCUUGUAACCUGACUGGUUUGGAUCAAGAAGGUAAUUCUGAGAGAGAUUGCAGGAGAGUUGGCUAGAGACGGCACGCUCAAGAGUUUCGGUUAAAGGAAACCCUGCUAGAGGUAGUCCAGAGUUAACUUACUGUAUAGUAAUUGUUUUGUGUAUUUUGGCAUAAAGACAUCCAAAUGACAUACAAUAUACAGCGACAAACAUACAACAUAAGCCUACAGAGGUAUCACCAUGGAUUCAUUGAUUAUCCAGGCCCAAUAUCACAUCACUGUUGUUGGCUACCUUUUAUUUUGAACAGCGACCCAGCUUCUGCCCCUUCAUGUCCUAGAUUUCCCAGCUGCAGUCAGUGGAACUCUCCAGGGGGUCAGUGGCUGAUGUUUGUCAUUCCAACAGGAUCUAACUGUUUCCUGGACAUCUUUCCAGGACUUUGCAUCUGAAAUAGCACCCUAUUCCCUAUAUAGUACACUACUUUUGGCCAGGGCCUGCAUAGUGCUCUGGUCAAAAGUAGUGCACUAAAUGACUAAAAUGUAAAUGUAAUAUAGGGAAAAGGGUGACAUUUUGGACUCACCCCAGGAACGUUCCCUGAUGUUGUUUUGUUAUGUUUUUGUCUCCUCUCCUUCUAGCGGGAAAACAAAGAGCCCAAGACCCUGCAGAUCUUUGGCAGUGGUCCCAAGAUGGUUGGGUUAGAGAUUGUACCGGCUGGUGAGGAACUUAGCUAGUAUUUAUUUCACUUCACUUACUCAGAGCAGAUGCUGCAACGAAAAGUGUGUGUGUUCAGGGAUUUUUCUACUAUAGAAACUCUUGGGCAGGCCGUUUAAGCAAGUCCAAACUAUUUUUAUUUAUUUAUAUUUAAUCAUUUUUAAAUACAUUUUCGGGACGUUAAAACGCUUUCAGUGUAAACGUAAACAACUAAAAUAAGAUAAAGUAUGUAGGAAAGAUAAUGGCCCUAUACAGUGCAUUCAGAAAGUAUUCAGACCCCUUCACUUUUUCCACUUUUUUUAACGUUACAGCCUUAUUCUAAAAUGGAUGAAGAAAAAAAGCAUCCUCAUCAAUCUACAAACAAUACCCCAUAAUGACAAAGCGAAAACAUGUUUUUAGAAAUGUUUGCUAAUUUAUUAAAAAUAAAAAACCGAUACCUUAUUUACAUAAAUAUUCAGACCCUUUGCUAUGAGACUCAACAUUGAGCUCUGGUGCAGCCUGUUUUCAUUGAUCAUCCUUGAGAUGUUUCUACAACUUGAUUGGAGUCCACCUGUGGUAAAUUCAAUUGAUUGGACAUGAUUUGGAAAGGCACACACCUGUCUAUAUAAGGCCCACAGUUGACGGUGCAUGUCUGAGCAAAAACCAAUCCAUGAGGUCAAAGUAAUUGUCCAUAGAGCUCCGUGACAGGAUUGUGUCGAGGCACAGAUCUGGGGAAGGCUUCCAAAAAAUUUCUGCAGCAUUGAAGGUCCCCAAGAACACAGUGGCCUCCAUUAUUCUUCAAUGGAAGAAGUUUGGAACCACCAAGACUCUUCCUAGAGCUGGCCGCUCGGCCAAACCUGAGCAAUCGGUGGAGAAGGGCCUUGGACAGGGAGGUGACCAAGAACCCGAUGGUCACUCUGACGGCGCUCCAGAGUUCCUCUGUAGAGAUGGGAGAACCUUCCAGAAGGCCAACAAGCUCUGCAGCACUCCACCAAUCAGGCCUUUAUGGUAGGGUUGCCAGACGGAAGCCACUCCUCAGUAAAAGGCACAUGACAGCCCGCUUGGAGUUUGCCAAAACGCACCUAAAUGACUUUUAGACCAUGAGAAACAAGAUUCUCUGGUCUGAUGAAAACAAGAUUGAACUCUGGCCUUAAUGCCAAGCGUUACUUCUGGAGAAAACCAGGCACCGCUCAUCACCUAGCCAAUACUAUCCCUACGGUGAAGCAUGGUGGUGGCAGCAUCAUGCUUAGGGGAUGUUUUUCAGUGGCAGGGACUGAGCGACUAGUCAGGAUCGAGGGAAAUAUGAAUGGAGCAAAGUACAGCGAUUCUUGAAAACCUGCUCCAGAGCGCUCAGGACCUCAGACUGGGGCGAAGGUUCACCUUCCAACAGGACAACGACCCUACGCACAUAGCCAAGACAACACAGGAGUGGCUUCGGGGCAAGUCUCUGAAUGUCCUUGAGUGGCCCAGCCAGAGCCCGGACUUGAUCGAACAACUCUGGAGAGACCUGAAAAUAGCUGUGCAGGCGACUAACCUGACAGAAAACUGCAAAAUGUUCUCUCAGCUCUAUGGUAGAAUCCCUUGAAAUUAGCUUUAUUGCUGCAACGUUUCCUUUCAGCUCCAUGGCAAAAUGUGUAGAAUUGCAGAAAAUUAAACUGCAAAAAUCUGUCUUGUGCGGCUGCUCGGCCAUGGAAACCUACUUCGUGAAGCUCCCAACAAACAGUUAUUGUGCUAACAUUGCUUCCAGGGGCAGUUUGGAACUCUGCAGUGAGUGUUACAACCGAGGACAGACGAUUUUUACGCACUAAGUGGUUCAGCACUCGGCGGUCCCUUUCUGUGAGCUCGUGUGGCCUACCACUUCGCGGCUGAGCCGUUGUUGCUCCUAGACAUUUCCAUUUCACAAUACCAGCACUUACAGUUGACCGGGGCAUCUCUAACAGGGCAGAAAUUUGAUGACCUGACUUGUUGGAAAGGUGGCAUCCUAUGCCGGUGCCAUGUUGAAAGUCACUGAGCUUCAGUAAGGCCAUUCUACUGCCAAGGUUUGUCAAUGGAGAUUGCAUGGCUGUGUGCUCGAUUUUAUACACCUGUCAGCAACGGGUGUGGAUGAAAAUGUUGACAUAAGAUGAAUUAUUUACAUCUUGACAAAAUUAUUAUUAUUUUUUUUACAGUUCCACUUUUUCAUCCCUCAUUACCUUAAUUACUAUGAUACUCCCCUCACUGUCUUCAUUGGCUGCACUAAUUGCACCAUUUGUCUACAUAACCUGGUUAAAGCAUUUACCAUGUAAUCCUGAAUAAGGCACUGCGUGCCAAAACGUUGGUUGCUAUACCCAUUCAAUGUUUUGGAGCAUAAUUAGUGUGCAACGUUCUUUCUGUAUUUUUUGGGAAAAUACAAGUUGUGUAAUGUUAAUUCCCUCAGUAUUGUAGCAAUUCUGUUCUCUUGUGUUCCAUGAGAAGACGAUGGGUUCAAUAAGAGGCAGCGUCACCUGAAGGCCCAGGCCUUCGCCUUUAAGAUGCGACCACGCAAAGAAACCCUGGAGGUCAACUUUGUGAGUAUCACCAGUUGACUAACUCCUCUGUCUCUGUCUAAUAUUCUAUAAUAAUCUCAACUUUGUAAGUAUGAGUUGAUUUCCUCUUUUCUUCUCUUUAUGUGUUGUCCUGUUCUACUCACUCACUACAUUUACAUUUAAGUAAUUUAGCAGACGCUCUUAUCCAGAGCGACUAGAGUGCAUUGAACAAAUGAACCACUAGUGGACAACAGCUCAAAACAUGUUUUUAGUUUCAUGGACCACUUUUUGAAUGGAAUCAUUUGACUAAUUAUUAUUCUCUAUUUCCUGUUCUAGAUCCCCCAGAUUGACCUGUACAUGUGCCUGAUGUGUGGGCGGGGCGACGAGGAGGACCGCCUCCUGCUGUGUGACGGCUGUGAUGACAGCUACCACACCUUCUGUCUGAUUCCGCCCCUACAGGACGUCCCCAAGGGGGACUGGCGAUGCCCCAAGUGCGUCGCUGAGGUAUGGAACUCUGGUGACCCUGCCACUACCCAAUCCGAAGCCGAUUCCUCACUUGAGAAACACACAUGACAGCUAACUUGAAUUUCCAUGCCAAUCAUGCAUUUAUUCUAUAUCAAUGGAAAAAUGUUGCAUAAGUUGUGAGUUAUAAUAAUUUCUUUAUUGUGUCCCUUUUGGAAAAUGUAUCUUAAACAGCACAACAUCACCACAUACAGUGGGGGAAAAAAAGUAUUUAGUCAGCCACCAAUUGUGCAAGUUCUCCCACUUAAAAAGAUGAGAGAGGCCUGUAAUAUUCAUCAUAGGUACACGUCAACUAUGACAGACAAAAUGAGAAAAAAAUAUCCAGAAAAUCACAUUGUAGGAUUUUUAAUGAAUUUAUUUGCAAAUUAUGGUGGAAAAUAAGUAUUUGGUCAAUAACAAAAGUUUCUCAAUACUUUGUUAUAUACCCUUUGUUGGAAAUGACACAGGUCAAACGUUUUCUGUAAGUCUUCACAAGGUGGGGACACGUCUGGCACUGCAGGAUUUGAGUCCCUGGCGGCGUAGUGUGUUACUGAUGGUAGGCUUUGUUACUUUGGUCCCAGCUCUCUGCAGGUCAUUCACUAGGUCCCCCCGUGUGGUUCUGGGAUUUUUCUACAAUUUUGUUUCUGGUGUCCUUUGACAGCUCCUUGGCCAUAGUGGAGUUUGGAGUGUGACUGUUUGAGGUUGUGGACAGGUGUCUUUUAUACUGAUAACAAGUUCAAACAGGUGCCAUUAAUACAAGUAACGAGUGGAGGACAGAGGAGCCUCUUAAAGAAGAAGUUACAGGUCUGUGAGAGCCAGAAAUCUUGCUUGUUUGUAGGUGACCAAAUACUUAUUUUCCACCAUAAUUUGCAAAUAAAUAAAUUAAAAAUCCUACAAUGUGAUUUUCUGGAUUUUUUUCACUCAAUUUGUCUGUCAUAGUUGACGUGUACCUAUGAUGAAAAUUACAGGCCUCUCUCAUCUUUUUAAGUGGGAGAACUUGCACAAUUGGUGGCUGACUAAAUACUUUUUUUCCCCACUGUAUAGUGCAUAAAUACAUACAACAAUGUAAAUCACAAGGAGUAUUACAACAAGAAAAAACACGUGGAGAUACAGUUCACACCUGCCUACCAUGUGUUAUAAUUUAGCCUCCGUAUGAAUAGGUUGUAGUGUUUGUCAAUCUGUGAUGAUAUGGAAGUGUAUGACUGAUAUACAUAAAUCAUGUUGAGGAAGACUAUGGGAUAGGAUGAUGUUUUCUCACUGGCUGUCUCACCCCGUUUCACCCUACAGGAGUGCAGUAAGCCGCGAGAGGCAUUUGGCUUUGAGCAAGCCGUGAGGGAGUACACCCUCCAGAGCUUUGGAGAGAUGGCCGACCACUUCAAGUCAGACUACUUCAACAUGCCCGUGCACGUACGUAUCAAAAUCAAACUGUCAACUUGAGUUAUAGGCAAGAAUCUAAAGAAAACGAUGCUUUUGGAAUACAUAUGUUCAGGUUAGGUCUGUAUCUCAAAAUCAAGUCGGAUGAAGUCAACCCACUUUCUUUGGGUGAUAUUUUCAUCCUUCAUGCUGUUUGAAGUUGAACACCUAACCUUUCUCUCCCACUAAUGCCCAAUCACAUCUAAACAAUGCAUGUGUGUGUGUGUUCUCCUUUCUCUGCACCCCCAGAUGGUGCCGACAGAGCUGGUGGAGAAGGAGUUCUGGCGUCUGGUGAGCUCCAUCGAGGAGGAUGUCAUUGUGGAGUACGGAGCUGACAUCAGCUCUAAGGAGGUGGGCAGCGGCUUCCCCGUCAGGGAUGGCAAGAGACGGCUACUGGGAGACGAAGAGGUAACUAUGCACCAACUGGGACAAAGGACCCAGGCUCUUUCGCGAUAGUCUUUCGCCACCUUUUCAAAACGCAUGGGAGGAGAAGAUCCGUUGUUCCUACAUUCGGACCUUCUCCUCUAAUGCCUUUUAUGGAGUAGAGCGAGGACACAAUGAAUCGUGGAAAGAUUAAUUGAGAAAGAGCCCCAGUAUGAAAUCCACACCCUUAACGGCUUGCUUUUAUGUUACUUAUGACCAAUAAGUAACUUCCAUCACCUCUGUCUUGUUCUUCUGUAGGAGUAUGCCAACUCAGGCUGGAACCUGAACAACAUGCCAGUCCUGGAGCAGUCGGUCCUUACCCACAUAAACGUGGAUAUCUCUGGCAUGAAGGUGCCCUGGCUCUACGUGGGCAUGUGCUUCUCCUCCUUCUGCUGGCACAUCGAGGACCACUGGAGCUACUCCAUCAACUUCCUGCACUGGUAAAGUAACAAACAUAAAUGCCUUGUCCUAAAUCAACCGCUUGCCCAAAUAUUUAGUAAUACUGUAUAUUUUAGUCCAAAGGACACAAAUAAAUUGUCUUUCUAACACAGUCCUCAGUGGGAAGAGACAGACAAAUGCACGUACAAAACAAUGUUAACUGUAUAUAAUGUUGCAAUGGGUCUUAGACAAUUGUACUCCCCAUCUUCAUUCGUCUGACUGGUUAACCGUCUUCUCUCUUUCUCUGCCUGUCUCUCCAGGGGGGAGCCUAAGACGUGGUAUGGUGUCCCGGCCCACGCGGCAGAGCAGCUGGAGUCAGUGAUGAAGAAGCUGGCCCCAGAGUUGUUUGACUCUCAGCCUGACCUGCUGCACCAGCUUGUCACCAUCAUGAAUCCCAACGUCCUAAUGGAGCACGGUGUGCCCGUAUGUAGUGUGUGUUUCCAUCAGUGGCCGUAUGUAUCAAGUGUUUCAGAGUAGGAGUGCUGAUCUGGGAACAGUUUUGCCUAUUGGAUCACAAUGAAUACGUUUAAAUGGAAAGGGCAGGGGGAUCUGAUCCUAGAUCAGAACUCCGACUCUGAGACGCUUGAUACAUAUGGGCCCUGGCCCCUUUUACGAGACCAAGUCUGCAUUGUGUCUUUUACUGGUGUGUGUUUGUGCCACUCAGGUUUUCCGGACCAACCAGUGUGCAGGGGAGUUUGUGGUGACCUUUCCCAGAGCCUACCACAGUGGCUUCAACCAGGGAUACAACUUUGCUGAGGCUGUCAACUUCUGUACCGCAGACUGGGUGAGUUUUUAACAAGUGUUUGUGUGUAAACAAAUAUUAACAGAAUGUUGAAUUGGAAUUUUGAAGGUUGGGUGUAGGUUUGGGCGGUAUCAAGAUUAUCAUACCUUCAUACAGACCUUGUGCCAUACCGAGAUAUUCGGUAAUACCGGCACUGUUUUCAAACCCAACUGAUACUCUGUAAUCCAAAGGUUAGCAAUGCUAACAAGUACAAGUAAAAUCCCAUAGCGAAAGAUAACUAAAAGCUAACGAGCGCAUUGCAAACAUUUUAAAGUCUCUGACCUAAACUAUACAAGUAACUCAAAAAUGAUACUCACAGUUUGCUGCACGCACAAAACAAAUAUUAGACAGCAAGGCUUUUGAUCCAGGAGGGGAUUCUCUGCUGUUACCAAGUGAAUGCUUGAUUAUGGAAGAAGCUAACCACUUAGCUAACUAGCUACUAUAUUAGCAAACCAAUUGCACAACUUCAGAGCAUUUAGCACAUUUUAGACAGUUAACUUGGUUCUAAGAUAUCUAGCUGGCAAACAUUUAGUUGUGAAUUCCAUACUGUAACUAGAUCACCUGGCGCAUGUUGCACAACAGUGAGUGACUCACAAGGCUGCGGUCUCGUAGUUCUGUGCUUGUAAACAAACACAACGUGACUGGGGACUACCGUUAAGCUUCAUAAUGAAAAAUUAUGUGACGGGUGAAAUGGAAGAACGCAAUCUUCUUUAUCUCCUAACGUAUUGCACAAGUUGACUGCAGGUAUUUACUUAAGUAGCUACAAAUAUUAAAAUGUCAAUGUUAUUGACGGUAUUGGAAAACCAUCCCGUGGCUAUUUGCAAAUACCCUGGUAUACUGCCCAAGCCUAGUUGGGAGCUUAAGUAAGUCAAGUAUUUUAUACCCAUCUUACUGUCUUGGUGAAUCAAUCAGCUUAGAUAUUCCCCUUCCAAUGCGCUCUUUGCUUCCCCUUGAUGUUUUGAUGAGGCGAGGAGAAAAGAUCCAAGGAAUCGAUUAAAGACUUCUCUCUCUCUCUCUCGGUCUGUGUCUCUCUCUCUCUGUCUCUGUGUGUCCCCUUCCCCUUCCAGCUCCCGAUGGGUCGUCAGUGUGUGGCCCACUACCGGCGGCUCCACCGCUACUGUGUCUUCUCCCACGAGGAGUUGCUGUGCAAGAUGGCUGCCGACCCCGAGAGCCUGGACGUGGAGCUGGCUGCUGCAGUCUUCAGAGAGAUGGGAGAUAUGAUGGAGGAAGAGACACGGCUCAGACAGGCCGUGCAGGAGAUGGUGAGGGACAGGGCCCAGGGGGAUUACUAUAUAAACAACUUUUUGCCACCUUAGGAGAACUUUACAGGAGGGCCAGGAUUGAGGAUGAAGUAAUGCAAGCAGGGUUUACUUGGGAAUACAUUAUGAUGGUACACUAUCAAACAAUAUGUUGACAUCACACGAUCCCAAAGAUAUGUUUCAAAUGAUUUCCUAUCACACCAAAAGUGAAUCAAUUAUGUAAUUUCACAUUCGUCCUCCCAGUCUAGUUGAAGUGGAUUGUUUUCUGAUUGCGAUUUCCCUCCGUGUCUACAGGGUGUUCUGUCCUCUGAGCAUGAGGUGUUUGAGCUGGUCCCUGAUGACGAGCGGCAGUGUCAGAAGUGUAAGACCACCUGUUUCCUGUCGGCUCUGACGUGUCCCUGCAGCCCAGAGAGCCUUGUCUGUCUGCACCACGCCAAGGAGCUCUGUGACUGUCCCAUGGGAAACAAGUGUCUACGGUAAGGAGUACAGCUGUGUGAUAUGGACAACAAUCCAUAUGGAACGAUAAAUUCAUAACAAUGUGCACCAGUUUAAAAAAAAAUUAUCCUUUAAACUACUACUAGUUUAAUGGUUGUAUCUAUCAAUUGUCCUAACACAUUUAUUUCAUUUCAAACUUCACAUUUAUCUAGUGUAGGCUACUUAUCGUAAUGAACGAUAAGUGAUUGGUGUGGUCGCUGUCGAUAAUUUUCGGCUUAUCGUCCCAGCUCUACUAAGGAGAGAGGGGUGGGUGUGUGGGUUGGUGUUUGGGUGGGUCGGUGAGUGAAUAAAUUAAUUUAAGGAGUGUCUCCGGUGAGAAGGGAUGGAUGGAUGGAUGGAUGAAUGAAGUAGAGGAGUUAUGAACUCUGAACUGCUCAGAAGCCCCCAUAAGAGCCCACUGAUGAAUGAUAGUUUUUUUUACCGGUCAUUGCAUCAGUGAGGACUUGGGUGUAGUUUCACUGACCCAGAAUCAAUCUAAUCUCCAUUGAAAGUUGCUUUUUAAUUCAUGAAUAGGUUUAAUGUAGCUCCUCUGUAGCUCAGCUGGUAGAGCACGGCGCUUGUAACGCCAAGGUAGUGGGUUCGAUCCCCGGGACCACCCAUACACAAAAAUGUAUGCACGCAUGAUUGUAAGUCGCUUUGGAUAAAAGCGUCUGCUAAAUGGCAUAUUAUAUUAUAAUAUAUUAUAUAUUAUAUUAUAUUAUAUAUUAUAUUUAAUCUGGGUCAAUUUAACCCCAUAUAGCAAUCAAUAUUAAAUAGAUGCUGACACUCCAGUCUCUUUGUAUUCCAGCUACCGGUAUGAUCUGGAGGAGUUUCCCUCCAUGCUGUAUGGGGUGAAGUCCAGAGCCCAGUCCUAUGACACCUGGGCCAAGCGGGUCACUGAGGCCUUGGCUGCUGACCACAAGAACAAGAAAGGUAGGAGGACUAUCUGUACUGUAAAUGUGGAAAUACUCUGCACUUUAUUAGAACAAUUGUACUACGAUUCCCCAUGCCUCAUAUCGCUCUCCUCUAUUCUUCCAUCUUUCUCUCUCCUUUCUCUCCUGUCUGUCUCUGUCCCUCUCCCUUUGUCAGACCUGAUAGAGUUGAAGGUUCUUCUGGAGGAUGCAGAGGACAGGAAGUACCCAGAGAACAGUCUGUUCCGUCGGCUCAGAGAGAUGGUGAAGGAGGCCGAAACUUGCUCCUCUGUGGCCCAGCUACUGCUCAGCCGCAAGCAGAGGCACAGGUCAGUAGAGGACAGAUAUACACACACACACACACACACACACACACACACACACACACACACACACACACACACACACACACUGCUGUUAUGUCACACUAAAGUUGAUGUCCCUGUUCUCUUCCCUUCUCCCGAAUUGUGCACUUACACACUCCACACCAAGGAAUUAAAAUCAUUGGAUUGGUGCAAGCAUUCUCCUUCAUUGUUUUUACACCGUUGCAUCUGUGAGGGAGAGUGUGCUAGUGCACACUUUGGGAGAAGGGUAGCAAAUCGGGACAUAACCAUUUAACAUUUAUCCCCCUACCUGUGAGUAAUAAAUCAACUCAAAGUAUUUCUCUCUGUAUUCCAGUACCAGGCAGCGUCCAGAGAGCAGCAGGACUCGUAACAAGCUGACAGUGGAGGAGCUGAAAGUCUUUGUAGAGCAGCUGUUCAAACUGCCCUGUGUCAUCGGACAGGCUCGACAGGUCAAAGUAAGUCCCAAACCUAAUACAGUCACUUGCCAUUCUUAACAGAUGUACAGUAAUUAUCCUCCUCUGACAUCCUACUAUAUGUGUAUUACAUCACUGAAGUUGACCUGUCCCCAAACCAGUAUUUGUUGAUUAGUAGUCCUUGAUUGUUAGUAUAUAACACCGUAUCCUUCAUCCCUUCAUCCCUCUCUCCCUCCCUCCCUAGGAGUUACUAGAGAAUGUGGAGGACUUCCAUGAGAGAGCCCAGGUAGCCCUGGCUGACGAGCUGCCUGACUCCUCCAAGCUGCAGGCCCUGCUAGACCUGGGUGGAGGUCUGGAUGUGGAACUACCUGAGCUGCCCAGGCUCAAACAGGAGCUGCAGCAGGCCCGCUGGCUGGAUGAGGUGAUGCCUAUUGAUAUUAUUGUGUAUUAGCGUAGUGUUUUACCUCAUAGUUUGUUUGUGUGCUUUCUUCAGCAGUCUAAAAUCAUUUUUGCUGGGAGAGAAAAAAUAUUAAAUUGAAACGUUUUGUUAUGAUUAGGUGCGUGUGACGCUGGCAGAGCCCCACCGGGUGACCCUGGAGCUGAUGAAGCGGCUGAUAGACUCUGGGGUGGGGCUGGCACCACACCAUGCUGUGGAGAAGGCCAUGGCUGAGUUGCAGGAGAUACUCACUGUGUCAGAGAGAUGGGAGGACAAGGCCCGCGCAUGCCUACAGGCCAGGUAAUGAUGUUGAUACACAUUACACACCUAUAGUACAGUUUUCUCAUCUGCCUACAGGCCAGGUAAAUGAGAAUAUGAUAAUGCUGUUCUUUAGUUACCUGCCUAUAGCUUUGGUGUCAUGCUUGGGUCGUGUUCAAUAGGGUACACCUUCGCAAAUUGUUUUAGCAAAUCUGUCUUCUUACUGGACAAGUUCAGGUAGUACCUCCCGGUUUCACUCAAUUUCAAAAUGUUUUAUCCCUUCUGAACGUGACCCAAUUCCUGUUUUAGCAUAUUGCAUCAAAGGAUGCCUGUAACUGUGAGAUGAAUGUCUCUUAAUCCAUUCUUUCUUGUCUCUCUCCUCCCCCAGGCCUCGGCACAGCAUGCUAACCCUGGAGAGCAUCGUGAUAGAGGCCAGGAACAUCCCGGCCUACCUGCCCAACGUCCUGGCCCUCCGAGAGGCUCUGCACAAGGCCAAGGAGUGGAGCGCCAAGGUGGAUGCCAUUCAGGUAGUGUCGCGUCGCACGGUAAUUACUGAUAAGUAUAGAUUCAAUUUGUGAUGUAUAUAGAUGUAGCUACAGUAUAGGCAGGCAUCUCUCAAUAUUUGUCUGUAAUGCGCUCGGCUCGGUUUAUAUGCAAUAGAAUGGCCUGGUCAUUUGUUAGAAGCUUACAUUAGCUAGGUUUCCAUCAAUUUGUGGAAAGAUUUUCAAGCGGGGGCCUCCCGAGUGGCGCAACGGUCUAAGGCACUGCAUCGCGUCACUACAGCCCCGGGUUCGAUCCCAGGCUGUCACAGCCGGCCUUGACCGGGAGACCCAUGAGGCGGCGCACAAUUGGCCCAGCGUUGUCCGGGUUAGGGGAGGGCUUGGGACAAGACUGUAACUACCAAUUGGAUAUCACGAAAUUGGGGAGGAAAAAGGUGUAAAACAAAACAAAAAUAUUCAUGCAAAUAUUCUAAUAUUCGCACCAAAAAAUAUGCACAUUUUACCAGCAGAUGACUGUUUCCAUCAAACUGGCUUCUUGCGAAUUAAAAGCUGUGCUUAAUGACGUAGUGCAAAUAAAAAGCACGUAACUUUUCAUUUACCGAAUAAAAAAACAGACGUACGAUGUGUUUCCAUCCCAUUUUUAACUCUGUCGAUGGUUUUGCCACAAAGUCUGCGAUAAACAGCGAAUGUGCCCGAUCUGGUCUUGGCACGUGCGCUCUAGCAAACAGCUCGAAGAUACAGAGCAGAGGGUAGACUUUAGAUCAUUUUUAUUUAUUGACAGCCAAGCACCGAUUAUGUGACCAGCAUAAAAUUAAGAACCUCAAUAUUUAUUGGAAAGAAGCAUCACGCUCAUCAUCACUGUGCACUUUCCCCACCCUGUGAAGUUCAUCAUAAUUUAUUUUAAAUGUAGCCUAAUAAACUGUGCAGUGUGCAUGUUUUUCCAAGUCAUAGUGGGAGGACCACACAAUCAUAUCAUCUCGUGACUACAAGUUUACUGCGACAUGAUGGUUAAACCAUCAACAAAUCCGCAUCAAAGCGUUUCCACUACAUUUGUCACAUGAUCUAUUUCACCGACAAAACAAUUAUCCCCUGUCUAGCGUAUUUUGUUCUGUCGACGUUUGGAAAGUUUACAGGCAAUUAUACUGUUUCCAUCAGGCCUGUCGUGAGUUCUUUAUUAUUUUUUAAAUUUAUUUUAUAUAUCCGACAGGAACUUUACUUGCAUGUAAAUAGUUGGAUGGAAACAUGGUUAUUGUUACCAGAUAAGUUUGUAAUUUAUCUUGUCGCCAGAACAUGAAUGAUACAUGUGAAUGGGAAGGUUCAUACUGUGUGAUGCAUUACGUACUUUCUUUUGACAAUGAUGAUUAAUUUCCCUUUAUGUUUCCCCUGUGUAUCUCCCUCCCUCCAGAGUGGCAGUAACUAUGCAUACCUGGAGCAGUUGGAGAGCCUGCUGGCGAGGGGUCGCUCCAUCCCCGUCCGGCUUGACCCCCUGCCCCAGGUCGAAUCUCAGGUGGCCUCGGCCCGCGCCUGGAGGGAGAGGACUGCACGUACCUUCCUCAAGAAGAACUCCACCUACACCCUGCUUCAGGUAAGGCGUAAUACCCUGGGUUGGGCUGUACCUAGGCACUGAGAAAUAAUGAAUGAGUAUGUCUCUGAGAUAGUGGUUUGAAAGAUUUUUCCAACCAAGCAGCCCUUUUCAGACUAUGCUAACCCCAGAGUGCAAUAUGAGAUAUUUGCGUAAGCUAUGGUGCAGAAGUUGGUGGACCACCAUACGCAAAUUGUUGUGAAUUCCAUCUGUCUAUACUGUAGGUAGUUGGGAAUAGGGUCCAAUAUUAUCAUAGGACUAGUAGUUUGAUAACAUCUGUGCUAAUCUCUAUUCUCUGUGUGUUGUCUCUCUUAGGUCCUUAGUCCGCGUGUGGAUAUUGGUAUCUAUGGCAACAGCAAGAGCAAACGCAAACGAGUCAAGGAGCUCCUUGAGAAGGAGAGAGGAGGUCUGGACCUGGAGGUUCUCAGCGACCUGGACGAGAGUUACGAAGACGCCUGCGACCCGGCCACCGUCGUAGCGGCAUUCAAAUCCAAGGAGCAGAAAGAGGUUGAGGCCAUCCACUCCCUCCGAGCCGCCAACCUGGCUAAGAUGGCCAUGGCUGACCGUAUCGAGGAAGUCAAGUUCUGUCUGUGUCGUAAGACCGCCAGUGGGUUUAUGCUGCAGUGUGAACUGUGCAAGGACUGGUUCCACGGAGCCUGCGUGCCGUUACCGAAAACAGGCUCCCAGAAGAAGCUCGUGGGCUCGGCCGGUUGGCAGAGCAACAGCAAGGAGGUCAAGUUCCUGUGCCCGUUGUGCCAGCGGUCACGGCGCCCGCGUCUGGAGACCAUCCUGUCUCUCCUGGUGUCCCUCCAGAAGCUGCCGGUCCGUCUGCCCGAAGGGGAGGCCCUACAGUGCCUGACGGAGAGGGCCAUGGGCUGGCAGGUAGGGAUGAGUUCAAGUUUUCAGAAUCAAUUAUUUGACGGUCGCUAGGGUUAAUUAAUCGAAGUUUGGUUUAUAAUCUGAGUUUUCCCUGCAAAACAUGCAUAUUCUGAAUCAAAACAUAAUCUUGUUUAUUUAAACUAUCGCUGUUCAUCAAUGGAAUAGAUGAAUCUAACUCAUCUCUACUUGCAGGACCGCGCCAGGCAGGCCCUGGCUACAGACGAGCUGUCCUCGGCCCUGGCCAAGCUGUCGGUGCUCAGUCAGAGGAUGGUAGAACAGGCUGCCCGGGAGAAGACAGAGAAGAUUAUCAAUGCUGAGCUGCAGAAGGCUGCCGCAAACCCAGACCUGCAG